UGUCGAUUGCUCAACUUCAACGCUACGAGGAUAAUUUGUCAUCCGCGUAAAAUUAGAUAAUAAACCGUGUCCACUCGGCGGUCCGUGACACGAGUUUUUUUUUGUAAUUAACAUUCUGAAACAUCGUAACAUAAACAAACAAAUCGUGAGUGAAAUCAGUGAUAGCUGGUGUAAAAAAGAACCUAAUAAGAUUUUGUAGUGUACAUAGGUGCUCUGUGAAACAUGAAUAAUUUUAACAAAACUCCGAAAACUUCACCAAUUACAGAAGAUUACGACAUCUCCAACACUGUACUCGGCCUUGGCAUCAACGGGAAGGUGGUGGAAUGUCACGAAAAACGCACGGGAGCGAAGCGAGCCCUGAAAGUUCUGCACGACAGUGUGAAAGCGAGGAGGGAGGUCGAGUUACACUGGCGGGCGAGCGGGUGUAGACAUAUCGUUGAGAUAAUAGACGUGUAUGACAACACCUACGGCGGCAAGCGAUGCCUUUUAGUCGUUAUGGAGUGCAUGGACGGUGGGGAGCUGUUCCAGAGAAUACAGGAUAAUCGGGAGGGCGCGUUUACUGAGCGCAGGGCCGCUGAGAUAAUGCACUCAAUAUGCGUCGCAGUGCGUCACCUCCACGACUCGAACAUAGCCCACCGGGACAUCAAACCCGAGAACCUUCUAUACACCAGUACACAGCCCGAUGCACUACUCAAACUGACCGACUUUGGCUUCGCGAAGGAAACUUUGACGCCUGCCGACACGCUACAGACUCCUUGCUACACCCCGUAUUAUGUUGCUCCUGAGGUAUUAGGCCCAGAAAAAUACGACAAAUCCUGCGACAUAUGGUCACUGGGCGUGGUCAUGUACAUCUUGCUAUGUGGCUUCCCCCCGUUCUACUCCAACCACGGGCUAGCUAUAUCCCCGGGAAUGAAGAAGCGUAUACGUCUGGGACAGUACGAUUUCCCCGACCCGGAGUGGUCCAACGUUUCAUCUGAGGCGAAGAAUCUUAUCGGUGGGAUGUUGUCGGUUGAUCCAGCUAAGAGAUUAACUAUUCAUCAGGUCAUGUCUAGCCCCUGGAUCCGCCAAUACACCCAAGUUCCCCAAACGCCGCUGUACACGCACACUCUCCUCCGCGAAGGGGGUGAAGCGUGGGCGGAGGUCCAAGAUGAGAUGACCAGGUCGCUGGCCACAAUGCGAGUUGACUACGAUCAGGUCCAAAUAAAAUCUUUGGAGAACAGCAACAACUCGCUGCUGAACAAGCGGCGAAAUAAGGUUGGGGCUUGAACUUAAUAAAUGUUUAAAUCAUGGUGCAACUGAAAAGAUGGACUUCGUAUUAAACGACAAUAAUCUUUCAAACUACCCUCAAUUAUCUUCAGAUUUUAUCUUGUCCACUAGAGAGCGCCUAUUUAUAUUUACACAGGGUGGCUUUUAAAACCUCAGACAAAUUUUCUGAACAAGUCCUAUUUAUCAUAUACAUACAGAUAUUACAUACAUAUACAUAUAUUUUUCCAUGACCUACUACUUAUUUCUAUUUCAUCCAUAUUUUCAUCGGUUCUUGAAAUCUGAUCAACUUUUCUAAAGAGUUUGAAACUAGAACUUCUGAAUAUGACUGGGAUUUAUAAAGCUACCUUGUAUGGCAAUCUUUAUGUGAAAAUAAAAAAAAAAUAUGAAAAAUCUGCACUUUUUAUAUAUAAAAGUAUAUUAUACAUAAAACAUCCUCACAAGCUUACGCAUUUAUAAUAUUAAUUAAUAUAAAAUGUACGUCAAAAAUAAAUAAUUUAAAAUUUAAGUUACAUAAUUUUGGUUGUAUUUAGAAUUAAUAAAAAGACGGGUCAUUUGAACUGAGGGCCAAAAAUCUAUGGUCAGUUUAGGGUUGGACUUUGACUUGAUGUAUUUAUCUUGCUCUAGCUAAUGAUAAUUGUGACUGAAAAAAAAGUAGACUUUUGGUACAGAUAUUGACAUAUAACGGUACUUUUUUUUGAAUAAGCACCGUUUUUCGUUAAGUUUUACAUAUUACGAAAGUUUAUACGAAAUGAUGAAUAUGUCCUUAAAAUUAAUGCAUAUAAAUAUAAUAACAUUCAAGCAAAAUAUUAAAACUGUACCUUAAAAAUUACCGGUACUUAUUAAGGUAUCCGCCGUGUUCUAACGCGACGCGUCAUUACGUACAGUUCUAGCCUUUAUUCAUACCGAUUUAGUUUUAAAACUUAUUGAACAAGUAUUAUAUUAAAGGGAUGUGUCGAUAAACUAGUGUGGUACCGAUCAGGUUACCAAGGAUACCGGUAUCAAAAUACCGGUAAUUCAAGCAUAGGAAAGUUGAUUAGAUCAACCAAAUGUAGUCCAACCUUUUAGUCUUAUUAAUGUAAUAAGUACUUAUUAACUUUAGAUUUAAUCUAAUGUUAAAGUUUAAAAUGACGUGUACAUUUGCAGCAACGCAGUAAAUUUUGGUUUGAGGACGGAAAGUUUAUAACAUUAUACAUAAACAUUUAAGUAAAUUGCACUUUUACUCUUAAUUGCAUUAUACUAUUUAUAAAUAAUACAGGUUUUAAACGUUCACGUAACACCUUUAUUUUAUCACGGACGUUUCGAAUCGUGUUACUGUGUCUGAGAUAAUAUAAAGUUACGUUACGUGCGCUUUUGCGUGUAUUAUUAACAAAAACGUAUAGUCAAUUCAUGUAAUCUUUAUAUAUUAAGAGGUGCUGUGUUUUACUGUAGUAAAAAUAAAUAUAUGUUAGUACAGUCAACGGCAUAUCAACUUACCCAACAAACUCAUUUAUGAUAGCGACAGUUCUGUGCAAAGUAAGUGUGAUACGUAUUAGGUAAAAUAUUUUUUUGGAAUAGAUUCGAACAAGGUUAUGGACGUAGGAUGUCCCAGAAUUUUGAAUUUUACUCACAGAAUAUUGUUGCGACCAUUGUAAAACAGUCUUAUUUGCUUAGCGGAAAAGGAAAUACGUUGUUUCGGGAUUUGAACCCGCGAUCCAUUUAGAACCUAUUACCGAAUCUAUUCUUGAAUUACUUGCAGUUAGCUUUUGCAAUAGGUAUACUGUAGUGGAAAUAUAUUUAUACCUAUAUCGCAUUGGUUGUCCAUGGCGCUUCCCGUGCUUUGAAAGAUUUAUUCUUGAUAAAAACAAUGAAAAAUAUACAUACCGUAAAAUGGGGCUAUUUGGUACAAGAUUUGGUAAAAAACAAUUUUUUUAACGACUUUAUGUUUAAAUAAUCCUGUUUUGAUGAUUAAUUUGGACAGAUUUUGAAGUGGCGUUUCCGGAACUAUUAUUUUCAAACGUAUAUUGAUUAAAAUUCCGAAGAUAGCCUGUUUUAUAAGCGCUGCUCCAAUUUUCGCAAUUUUGGGGCUAUCUGGAAAUCGACACAAAAUGUUUAAUAUUUCAGUAAAAUGUAGGCCAGUUUUAAUUUGAAUCAGUUUGGCGAUAAUCAGAACAUUGAUAGUGUGUACCUGGCUAUAUGUCUAUAGUGCUCUUGUUCAAUUUUGUUGUAAAAUCUUGCACUAUAAAACUAUAGUGCCACUAUAUUGGGGUUAUUUGGAAGUACGAUGAUUAAUCAGUUGGACUAAAGGAGAGAAUGUAGGAUAUAUUUGGAACAAUUUAAGGGGAAGUCAUUAUUUAAAUGAAAUUGUUGAAUGUACUUUAAGUAUGUUUAUUUAAAUGAAAAAUGUGAUACAAAAAAGAAACAUCAAAUAAGAACACUGGAAGUUUACCAUAUUAAUUAAGUAGGUAGGAACUUUAAUAAUAAAAUUGACCCGGUUAAUAACACUUAAACUUUCAUAAGUAUCAAAUAACUGUACUUAUUUAUCUAAUCAGUUCACUCAUCAUCAUCAACAGUCUGAGCAAUUUAAAAACAAUUUAACUUUUACUAUACUAGUAAUAAGGCACGCAUAUUAUUAAACAACGUGUAAAAUAACUAAAAUCACAGUCGCAAAAGGGCAACUCACCCAAUUAUUUCAAACAACUUAAUUAUACUAUGGAACCAAUGUUGAGAACUCAACAACAAUCACUAAAAUAAACAUUACAAAAAUAAACCAAUUCUCAAAAUUCCAAAAUGUACAUAAAAAAACAAAUAAGAACAUUGGAACUGGAAGUUUACCAUAUUAAAAAUUCAGUAGGUAGGAAUUCUGAUAAUAAAGUUAACCCAGGUAAUAUAAUUAAAACUUUCAAAAAUAUGUAUCAAAUGUCUGUACUUAUUUAUCUAAUCAGGUCUCUCGGUAACUAUAAUAUGUAUUAAAACAACAAUAUUUUCUAGACAUCAGCGGUCUAAUUCAAACAUAAACAAAUACUUAAUCAACUAUCAAAGUUCUCAUCAAAGUUUGUAAGAAGGUGAAUGUCAUUGCGGUAGGUAAACAUUUAACAAAAAAUAAGGCACAAUAUUUGGCAUUGAUACUUCCUUAAUUAUAAUCAUAACAUUAAAUCAGUCUUAAUCAUAGUCAGUCUAAAGACUUCGAAAAUAAAAUUUAAAAUACCAUAAGUCAAAACAGUUAAACCUAUUGUACGUUGGUAAUUACUCAAAUCAAUAUCAAAUAUGAUUUGUCCUCGCCGAGAGAUGUUGGGCUCUGGUAAUACUAGAACAAUAUCAUCCAAAUGUCUCAUGGUACAAAUGUCAUCUACUGUAGGAUAAGUAAACACCGAUCCUCUAUUAAAUUUUGAUUCCUUUACUUUUCUCACAAAUUUGACAUCAGGAAUGUUGUUUUUUAUUAAUAUUAUCUUUCCUACGAAAUGUUUAACGCUCUUUUUUGUAGCAAAUUUUGCUAAAAUCCAGGAAUCAAUUUUUAAUGUAUUAUUAUCCUCUGUAAAAAAUUCAAUUUCAGAAAAGCCAAAGGGAAUUGAUGGUUCUAUAUUUUCUUGUUCUUCUUCGUAAAAUUCCGUGAUUAAAUCAUCCAUUGUUUCAUAUUCUGAAUCAUCAGAAUCAGCCAUACACAUUAUAAUCUCAGAUGAGCUGGAAUCACUACUAGAUCUCCUCCAUUUUUGUUUUCGAGAAAUGUGUUUCUGCGUCCUUUUUUUCACUUUAGUAGCUGUCUCUGUCUCACUUUUUAUUUUUUUCUUAGGUUUCACAUUAUCUAUUAUUUCUUUUAAUUCUUUACUUUCUUGUGUAAUUUCUUCUACGACUUUUCUUUUUUCAGUUACUUGUUCUUUAUUUUCUAUAUUUAAUUUCAUAUUUAAAGCAAACUGCGUAAUUUCAACAUUUUCUUUUUGUAGUAUAGCGUUUAUUUUCUUACGAUUACGAAUAUUUUGGGAAGAUCCUGCUUCAAAAAUAACUUCUGAUGUAAUUAUAGGUUUAGAUCUAGUAGUGGGUCUGCUAUUUAGUAGGCAUUCUGGUAAUUCACCUAUAAAUGGCACGUUAGCUUCAUAGUUUUUGGUUUCGUACAAAUUUUGAAUAAAUGAUCUUUGUCCGGAUAGUUCAUUGUUUUGAAUUAAGUGAGUAUUGACCCAUCUGAUACAUAAAUUUUUGAGGCUUUCGGGAUUUUGGAGAGAUGACUGUAAUAAUGAACCAGAGUUAACUAAUGUAUCAUUUAGAGCUGUUUCUGUUACAUUCUCACUUUGUUGCUUCUUAUUAAUCAAUAUUUUACAAGGUUUUGUUUUUUUACCGAUCCCUUUUCCCAUGCCCUUGUAGGAUGUUAGUUUUGACUUAGGCAUAAGAACAGACGCAAUUUGAUCAUCGGAAUUAUCACUAUCAUGAUUUUUAUUGCUCCUUAUUUGAUGUAGUCCAGAAGGACCUGGAACUGAAUCAAUAAAUGGGUCUGAUAGGAUGUUUGAAGUAGACUUCUUUAAUUCUUUUCUUUUUCCGGACACCUUUAAUCUUGCACUUGUUUUUGACUGAUUUUGUACUAAAUCGUCGGAAGAUACGCUCUUUCCCGGUUCAACCACAAAUCUCUUUUUCCGUCUCAUUCCCGUCGGCUCAUCGGGACAUCGCAAUUCCAUCAACAUAUCCUUUAUAACUGAAGUACUACUUGUCUCUAUUUCUUCCUCGGACCUUGGAACAUGAGAUUGGGGUAAUCGAGAUUUGGGACGAUUAAGAUCAACAGGGUAAAGUCCGGAUUUAUUAAAACCUGCUAUUAAAUUUCUGGAUUCGGCAUCAUUUUCGAUUAAUUUAUUUUUAAGUUUUUUCAACAAUUUAGGAAAUGCACUCUUAAUUAAGGUUUUGUGAUGUCUUCCCUCGGUAAUUUUCCAUUUGGUAAGAAUAUCUCUCCAGUAUACCUUCAAAGGAGCAAAAAACGCGACGUCCAGAGGUUGUAAUAAAUGUGUUGUUUUAGGUGGCAGACAUACAAAUGCAAUAUUCAAUGUCUCACAAGUUUUUAUUACACUUUCCGAAAAGUGUGAUGAUAAAUUAUCACCUAUCAACACCUUCCGUCCAGGCUUAUUACGAAAAUAGGGAACUAUAAUGGUAUGAAACCAAUCUUCGAAGCAGGUUGAAUCAAACCAUCCGCUCUUGGAACGAUUAUAUCUCGUCCCUUCUGGUCCUCCCUCCAUCCACGUAUCCCAAAGAUUUUCCGAUUUGUAGACAACGUAAAUAGGUAAGAGAUGUCCUGAUGCAGUGCCCGAAAACAUGAGCGAAAUUGCCGUUUUCGAGCUAUUUAUGAUCCGCUCUGGAUACUUGCAUCCUCUUUUAUAAAUAUAUUUUUUAUUGCCGGGAUCAUCUGUUAAAUUCGUUUCAUCAUAGUUAAUGAUGUGCGCUGCAGGAACACCCUCAACCGUAUUAACAUAAUUCUCAAAAAAGGCAUCAAUAUCAUCUGACCUAAAUCUGGCUCGGUCACUGGAAAUAUGUGCAGAUUUACGGUUUGAAAUUUGUAAUCUAUGUCUUUGAAGAAAGUUUCUGGCCCAAUCAUAACCUGGCAUAUUAUCUUUUAGAUUAUACACAUUUUUUCCAAGUCUGUCGAGAUAUUUCUUGGCAAAUACACGAAGAUCUGUGGUAUCAAACGGAAACCCCCAUUCCCCUACUAUUAAAACAAAUUUAAUGAAGACUUUCUCUUCUUCAGGCGUAAAUAAUGUUGGAUGGCCUGCUGUCUCUUGCGUACAGUUAAUAUUUCUUGUCUUUCUACUUAAGGUACUCUUUGGCACACCAAAAGUGUCUGCGGCAUCGGUAAGACUCAUUCUUCCUUCUUUUACACUCUCUAUUGCUACUUGUAAAUUUUCCGCUGAGUAAUUUUGGUAAGGUAAAAAAGAUUUGCCAUUUCUGGAAUUUGUAUACUUCCUAGUAUAUGUACGCACCAUGAUCAAUUGCACUGGAACAAAACAGAAGAACUUCGCCUUAAUUACUCGAAAGUUACGUUUGGGGCUAUUUGGCACAUCACCUUAAAUCGUAUACAAAUCUGUCAUCGGACAUAGAGGGGGCUAUUUGGAAUUAUGUUUUAAAUAGCCCCAAAACUGUACCAAAAAGCCCCGUUUGAUAAAUCAAAACAAAUAUGGCGAAUCAACGUAGUUAGAAAAAGCCUAUAGAAUCCAUUAAAAUCACAAGGAAACAUAAGAUAUAAUACAAAUAUCAUGUUCAACUUACUUCAAAAAAUAACUAGUUACCAAAUAAAAGUAUGAGAGCCAUAAAUUAAGCAAUAUUUUUAAUAUUUUUUGCAAGCCCCUUUUGCAGCACACACAUGUCAUUUCUAACCUCAAAAUUUCAUUGCGUGGUGACAGCUUUAGAGUGAAUGUUGCCAGACGAAAACAAAAUAUCCAAUUAGUAGAAAAAUAAAAUGUUAUGAGGUUCCAAAUAUUUUAUUUUUAUAAUUUCAAUUAGCCCCAUGAAUUUUAAAUAGCCCCGUUUUACGGUAUACUAAGUACUUUAUGAUUCAUGAAAUUUUUAAAUUAAUUAAAUAAUAGGUACCUAGUCACGAGAAAAUAAUAAAGAGGUACACAAAAAAAAAAGAAGAAAAACAGUAGGCAUUAUGGUAGUAAAAUAAAGAAUAAAAAUAUUUAAUUAAAGACCAUGAUACAUCAUUCAUAGGAAUAUUUUUUUGUCUUAAAUAAUAAAAUUAAAUGAAGAAAUUUCUUGCCGUCCAUUUACAAAAAGUAAAUAUGAAAUGUAUUUUUGGAUAUUGAAUAAUACGCUGAUAUAUACAUACCUAUGUAUUGUCUUGUUUAUAUUUUUAGCAAAUUUUUGUCGAGAAUUAAAAAGUUCGUUUUGACAGCUGUCAAAUAAAUAUAUUUUUGAAAACUUUUGGCGGGUAACUGCACUUCAUAAAUAAAGGAGGUCCUACAUACAGUACCUACAUCAUAAGUAGUAAGAAAUUUGUUAAGAGUUUGUAGACAGGUAUGUGUGCUAAAACAUAAUUAACUAUUGUUCUUUUUCUAAAAGUAGAGGCCUUGAGUAAGCAUUCAAAAUUGAAACAUAUUUUAAUAAGGGGAAAAUUGUUUUGGUGUCAAAGCGGACUUUUCAUUUCUGACUGCUGUUUCUGGAUUCAAUAACUAUAAAAGUCAGGUUAGGUAAGCCGCUGCAACAUAGUAGUAGUAACUAUUGCUUUUUAUAAUGACGUGAAAGACAGCGAUAGUUAUUUGCGCGAAAAUGGCGUCAUGCUGCGGAGGGCUAGUUAGAAUUCAGAAAAGUUAUGAGGACUUAUGUGCUUCUAAUUAACGGACUUAAUAUUAGUCACAAAUUAUUAUAAGUACAUUUACCUUAGUUGUAAUAUAUAAAUCAUUGGGUGGAAUCGUCAGUUCAUUAGAUAGAAAGAAAUCAUUUGAAAAAAUAACAUCACAUUUUGAAAAGUUGAUGUAAGUACUUAUUUUUUAUAAUAAUAUAAUGUUUUAAUAUCCUUACGGAGAAAAAAUACUUAAAGACAAUUAAGUACAUUAAUUGAAGGUAGCAAACGAUCAAAAAUUAUAAACAACCUUUCUCAAUUUUUAAUUAAAAAAAACACAACUUCAUUUUUGGAGACCUAUAUGUGUGCAUCAUUUAAAUAACUUUUGUAAAACCGAGAACCGUUUCCAAUUGAUUUACUCCUUUUUUAAGUCUGUUUUAAUUUCUAAACCCUUCUCCUAAGUGUAACACAAGUUUAGUUCGUAAAAAAAUCAUUAUUCGUCUAUGUAAUAUACUGAAUAAUAUACUGUUUACAAUAAUAAUUUACUUUUGGCGUAAACGGGUAAAAUUUAUAAUAAUUAUAAUACAGAUAGAAAUAAUAGAUUAAUAAAUGUUUUCUUCCUAAAAUCGUGUACGUAUGUGCUUUUGUUUUUUUUAUAUGAUUAAAAAAAAUUGAUGUAGAAAAUAACAUAUGUAUGUCUAUACGUAUAAUAAAAUUGUGACUGGAGUUGUUUGACAUGUGACGUCGCUUUGUUUAAAUUACUGAUGUGUAUGCUAACACACAUAGUAUAUAAGUUAAGAAAUGACUGCUUGUAUGGAGUCCGGGUUGAGGUGUAACUUUUGCUUUGUAGUAAACUGUUAAGAUUGAAUAGAAUAAGAAUUAUUUCAUUAAUAAUAAAAAAAGACCAACAAGC